CUGCCUUGUUCUUUUACUAGUUUGAAUUAACAUGAACGGGUCUUGGCUUUGUCAAGAACUAACGCAACGUUAGCCGCCACAUACAUAUUUCCAACAUUUGCCUCCGAUAAAGUAUUCUUAAAAUAUACCACCAGAAAAAAACGAGUGCUGUGAGGAGAGGCGACUAUCUCACAUGUCUGUGUAACUCUGACUAUGCUGCUCUUGCUGGCGCUGGGCAUAGUUUUUUCUUUCACUGCGGUCGCCACUGAGAAGGCUGAGAACACCAACCACAAACCACCAGCACCGCUGCUCAACUACAGCAGGAUCUCCCUCCCGCCAGAGCACGUACCCUACUUCCUCUACAACAACAAGAGAGUCGCCAAGCAAUGCCGCCUGGACCCACAAUGCCCUUUUAAAGAUGCCAUGCAGGAUCUCUCUGCCUGUUGGGGCUAUGAGAAGAACUGUGAUCCUGGGAAGCGAUUUAGCUAUCCAGUCUGUACCAAAGCUGACUCUGGAUGGGCCCGUUCUCUCGACGCAGCCCGGGAGCUUUUCUGGAAGCAGGCUGAUUUUGGCUACGUCAAGGAGCGCCUUUCUGAGCUCAAAACCCUUUGCAAGGCCAGCAAACCAGGGGACUCAUCAUUAAGAUGCAGUAGCCACACUCGCUUCUGUAAGGCAACCAACCUCUACCUGGAUCUUCGUAAGCCACGCAGGAGUCAUGAGAGAUACAAUGAGGACUUCUUUCAGAUGGGUGAGAUUGGUGGCUGUUGCAGACUGAACAAGCGAGCGCUUGCUGCCGAGGGAGAGCACAAGAGUCCUUUACAAUCUUGGUAUGCUGAGCUGCAGACAUUCACAGAGCUGGACUUUCAUCCUAUAGAGGAUGGACACUGUGACAUCAUCAUUGAAAAGCCCACUGUUUUCAUGAAACUGGAUGCUGGGGUGAACAUGUAUCACCAUUUCUGUGACUUUGUCAACCUCUACAUCUCCCAGCACAUCAACAACUCCUUCAGCUUAGAUAUCAACAUCAUCAUGUGGGACACGAGUUUUUAUGGUUAUGGAGAUCUGUUCAGUGAAACGUGGAGGGCAUUCUCAGAGUAUGACAUCAUCCACCUGAAGACCUAUGACUCGAAAAGAGUGUGUUUCAGAGACGCCUUCUUCUCCCUCCUCCCGAGAAUGAGAUACGGCCUCUUUUACAACACGCCUAUUAUCUCAGACUGCUACAGUGAAGGGAUGUUUAGGGCAUUCUCCCAGCAUGUCCUCCAUCGACUGAACAUCCUGCAAGACGGGCCAAAGGAGGGGCGUGUUCGUGUCACCCUGCUGGCACGCAGCACAGAAUACAGAAGGAUAUUAAACCAAGUGGAGCUGGUAAAUGCCCUCAAGACUGUGCCUUUACUAGAGGUCAACGUGGUGGACUACAAAUACAAGGAUGUUCCCUUCCUGGAGCAGUUGAGGAUCACCCACAACUCUGACAUCUUUAUAGGGAUGCACGGGGCAGGUCUCACACACCUCCUCUUCCUCCCUGACUGGGCUGUCAUUUUUGAGCUAUAUAAUUGUCAGGAUGAGAGCUGCUAUCGAGAUUUGGCUCGGCUGCGGGGCAUUCGAUACGUGACUUGGCAGAAAAUGGACAAAGUGCUCCCACAGGACAAGGGUCACCAUCCAACCCUCGGGGACCAUCCCAAGUUCACCAACUACUCCUUUGAUGUGGGGGAGUUCAUGCGCCUCGUGCUGGAAGCAGCUGAUUAUGUCACACACCAUCCCAAAUGGCAGCGUCAAACCCUUCACGAUGAACUCUAGAGUCUCUUUGAGUGUGGGACACAAUCACCUGGCCGCUGAAGAACUUUUAAUGUCCUUUUAUGUGACCUAAAGACCUCUUCGCAUCAUACGUUUUGAGAUUUUGUUUUAGAAGUUACCUCAUCCAUCAGAGUAUUUGUCACCUCCAGUCCGCUGCUUUGAUAGGUCCGGAUGAAUGAAAGCAAUAUGGCGGACAACUCGGGCUCGAAUAGCCUCCACCAGCUCUAUUAGUGUCAAGUCAGUUAAAGGACGAGGUGCGUGCAGCCGAAGCAUCUGGAGAGCGAUAAGAAGUGUCCUAUGUUUCUUCAUUACCUCCACUGCGUCUACUUCAUUCCACGCAGACAAAGUUAGCUAAUGAGCAGCUGUUACGGCAUCCCUUCACAUGCGACAUCUUGUCACAUUUGAUCAGUGUCACCUUGAUGCGAGCCACUUCAGAGCUGUUGACAAUCACACCAGAGUUUCUGAGCACAACCAGCAUCCACCACUAUAAUAUGAUGUGCAGUAUUCACAUGCUGGAUUCACACAGACCUUUUUAGCAGUUAGUUUGACAUGCAGAUUUAAGUUUAGCUCAUCACAAACAUUAAUAACUCUAAAAGUAAUAGACAGAAGGUAAGUGAGACACUGCCAGGAGGAGUAUUAGCAUGAUCAGUAUUAGCAUUCUUAUAUAUACAAGCACAGCAAUAGAAACAUACAUUUUUAGUGUUUUUAAGUAGAAUUCAACACUCCAUUGUUUCAUGCAACAUGAUGAAAAUCAUGCUGUAGUUUUAUCCUAAAUAUAAAAAAUAUCUGGCAGAUUUUUCAAUCUAACUUGUAUUAUUGCAUCUAAACAGUUUACAUGGUUUUGUUUUACAAUCGUAACAGUUAUUUAAAGUAUGUGUGUCUUAUUGGUUUGAUGUUAUUGAUACGGUCUAUUUUUUAUUAUGAAUUCCUUUGCAUCUUACCAAAGAAAAUGCAUGGUCAGUAUGGUUAGAUGAUGAGGCUGCUGCUGUUGUCUGUUACCUUUCCUAAAGUAUUUGAAUCCUGUCAGUUUUAUAUUUUACAGCAAAUCAGUCUGGGAAGAAACAAGCACAAUUUGCAUGAUGCAAUGCACAGGAGUAUUUUGAGCGAUCAGAGGAUCAUUUUCAUGUUUCUUGGCUUCUCCGCGAGCUUAAUGUUUCAUUUAUCAAUGAAACCAUGUUGAACUCAGUCAGGCCUUUUUAUGGCCAGGGCUUUGCUCGGUUCGUAGGCGAUUUCAUAUUCAAAAACUGUGUAAUAUUUUGAAAUAAAUAAUUCUUAAAAAAUGCUGAA